CUGAGCUUAAUCUGCCAGCUGGGUCUAUUGACUGCAACUAAAAGGCGUGACAUUUUUCUCCACUCUAAACUCAUCUAGUCUUUAAAACAAAAUCUCAUAUCUGAUGUCUGUAGUUUAUUUUAACUAUUUUUUUUCUAUCAGAAACUAACUUCUGCUUAUAAGGAGAAGCUAUGGGGUGUGGGGUUACAAAGGGAGGUCAAUUCUAUAAAACACAUGACAAAGAUGGUAACGUCAUUUCAGUUAGGAUUUCAGGUUGCACAUCUGGUCUUUACAAUAUGAUAAAUUCUAAAUGUAGUAGAACAGAUGUAAAUAAUUUAAAUACAGUAUACAUUAAUGAUAUGAUAUUUUAAUGGAAUGCACUGUUUCAUAAUAAAGUGUUUAACCUUUUGUUAGUUUAUAUGCGCCUAAACUAACAAUGUACCUUGAUAAUUUUUCUACUUCUUCAUGCUCACACAUGUAGCUGCCAUAACAAUAAGAGCUGCGAUUCUGAUCCAGCGCUGGUAUCGCCAGUAUGUGGGCCGUGUGGAGAUGAAGCGUAGAUACACCUGGAACAUCUUCCAGUCCAUAGAAUAUGCUGGAGAACAGGACCAAAUAAAACUGUAUAAUUUUCUUGGUUAUCUCAUGGACAACUUUACGCCCUCAAGCAAUGAACGAAAAUUGAUCUCCCACAUCUUCAGGGAAAAUGAAAUAUGUCGAGAUGUUGAAUGGGAGAGAUACUUCAGUUACACAAAUAUCGAUGUUCCAGAAGUCUAUUCAGGACCAAGGCUUACCUUCCCACUAGAUGCAAAUCAAGCUGCUGAUCUUGUUGAGGCUUUUAGAAACAAACAACAGCUCCACUCUCGUUAUGUUCUCCAACUUCUUCUUGAAACUUGGAGGCUGCUUAGAGUUCUGCCAAAUAUCAACCGUAUCUCCACCUGCCAUAGCAAAGAAAUCACAAUAUGUGGGGACUUACAUGGACAGUUAGAUGACCUGCUUCUAAUCUUUUACAAAAAUGGGAUGCCAUCUCCUGAGAAGCCUUAUGUAUUCAAUGGCGACUUUGUGGACCGAGGCAAGGACUCAGUUGAGAUUCUGCUUAUUUUAUUUACCUUCUUAUUGGUAUAUCCUGGAGAGGUUCAUCUGAAUCGAGGAAAUCAUGAGGAUCACAUAAUAAACCUGAGGUAUGGCUUCACCAAGGAAGUACUGAGCAAAUACAAGAUGCACGGUAAACGAAUUCUGAAACUGCUGCAGAAGAUAUUCAGCUGGUUGCCCCUGGUAACAGUGAUUGAUCAGAAGGUGCUGGUCGUCCACGGAGGGAUCUCAGACAGCACAGACCUGGCACUGGUGGCUCGACUGGCCAGACAUAGAUAUGUAUCUGCUCUGAGGCCUCCAAAGCAGAAGAGCAGAAGGUCUAUCCGGCCCUUGGGCUCAGAGAUGGACGAUGAAUUGAUGAACUCUAAGCACAGUAUUAUGAAAAGACAGGCCUCUCUUACCUAUUUCAGACCCUUACCUUCUCGGGAAAAUUUCCAAUGCCGAUCUUUGCAAGAUUUCUCGACUACAGUGGCUCGGACUAUGGAGGAAAAGCUCAAGAUUCAACAUAGGCAGACGAGAUUAACCCAGCCUGGCAGCAGCAUGUCCUAUAGACAUUUUAACGAGUCCACGUCUGAAUCAGCCACAGAACCCAUCAACAUACCUGGCAACAUCAGUAAUGAGUGGAAAGAGAUCUUGGACCUGCUGUGGAGUGACCCCAUGACUAAAGAUGGCUGCAUCCCGAAUGGGGUUCGUGGUGGAGGCUGUUACUGGGGCCCCAAUGUGACUGAGGACUUUUUAAACAAACACAACAUGCAGCUCAUCAUCCGCUCCCAUGAAUGCAAGCAGGAUGGAUAUGAGUUCUGCCACAACCGCAAAGUCCUCACAAUUUUUUCAGCCUCCAACUACUAUGAGGUGGGCAGUAAUAAAGGAGCUCUGGUCAGGUUAGGCCCAGAUCUAGUGCCUCACUUUAUCCAGUACCAGACCAACAGUAAGACCCGAGAGAUGAGCUUCAGGCAAAGUAUCCGACGAACAGAGCACUCUGCUCUUAAAGUGCUGAGAGAACAACUGUUUGCACACAAGUCAGAUCUCAUCCGUACUUUUCAAGAAUAUGAUGCAAAGAACACAGGUCUGAUCUCUCUGAAUGACUGGAGCAGUGCUGUAAAGCAGGUGCUACAUCUGGAAUUGCCCUGGAGAAUGCUGCGCUCCCAGCUCCUCACUAAUACCACCAAUAACAUGCUGGAUUACCACAACUGGUUCAGCAACCUCGCUAUAACAGAACCAAGCUGCCAGUACAUUGAGCAGAGGCUACUGGAGGCGCUUUACAGGCACCGCUCCACUCUGGAGACCAUCUUCAGAAUAGUAGACACAGACAACUCGGGCUUCAUUUCUUUUGAAGACUUCUGUCAGACAUGGAAACUGCUAAGUGCCUAUCUGACAAUGGAGAUUUCCAGCGAAGCCAUCAAUGACCUGGUGGUCAGCAUAGACAUGAACAAAGAUGGCUUCAUAGACAUUGAUGAAUUCAUGGAGUCUUUUCGCUUAGUAGACAAAAACAUACGCAGGCCAGAGGAACAGGAAUUGGUAGUAGAUGGUAAUAGUAGUUAGUAAAUAGACAUCACAGUAAAUGGUAACAGUUGUAUAUCUUUGCUUUAAAACAGUUAUACUAAUUGAUCAGUAUGUAGGCAUGACCCAGGAAUCAUGAUGAUGACCUUCAGAAAUGUUUGAAGGUGCCUUCUGUAGAAUUUAGUAACUUUAGGGUUUUGGGACAAGUUACAUUGAAGACAAGCUAUAAAUUAAACAUGUGCACAAUAUUCUUAAAGCACAUUCUAACCAUUUAUAUCAUGUAUUAAUGCUGUGUAUACACAAAACUAGACCUUAAAUUGUACUGCCUCUUCUUGCACUGAUUCUAAAACUGUUCUGGUGGUUCAAUACUAAACGGGAGUUUGACCAGACUACCUGGCUCAUUCCGUGAUAAGUGUAGAGGAUAAGUUUAAUGUAGUAUAAAC